UUUUUUUCCUGAUUCUUUUUUUGGAGGGGGAAAUUGCAUCGUAAGCUUUUGGAGAAACCCAACAUGUCAACUACCUUUCCCGGACUAGUCCACGAUGCGGAGAUACGUCACGACGGAUCAAACAGCUACCGUUUGAUGCAGCUUGGCUGUCUGGAGUCCGUAGCCAAUUCCACGGUUGCCUAUUCUUCCUCCUCUCCUUUAACUUACUCCACCACCGGCACCGAGUUUGCGUCCCCCUACUUCUCCACUAACCACCAGUACACCCCGCUCCAUCACCAGUCGUUCCAUUACGAGUUCCAGCACAGCCACCCGGCGGUCACUCCCGACGCCUACUCUCUGAACUCACUCCACCACUCACAACAGUACUACCAGCAGAUUCACCACGGGGAGCCCACCGACUUUAUUAACCUGCACAAUGCGCGGGCGCUCAAGUCCUCCUGCCUGGACGAGCAGAGGCGGGAGCUGGGCUGCCUCGAUGCCUACCGCCGCCACGACCUGUCCCUCAUGAGCCAUGGCUCUCAGUAUGGAAUGCACCCAGAUCAAAGACUCCUGCCAGGCCCCAGCCUGGGGCUGUCCGCCGCGGGAGCCGACGACUUGCAGGGUUCUGUGGAAGCCCAGUGUGGGAUUGUUCUCAAUGGCCAAGGGGGAGUGAUAAGAAGAGGUGGCACCUGUGUGGUCAACCCCACAGACUUGUUUUGCUCAGUUCCUGGUCGAUUGUCCCUUCUCAGUUCUACUUCCAAGUACAAGGUGACCAUUGCUGAGGUAAAGAGGCGUCUCUCGCCACCUGAGUGCCUCAAUGCUUCACUCCUGGGAGGCAUUCUGAGGAGAGCAAAAUCCAAGAAUGGUGGCCGCUGCCUAAGAGAGAAACUGGAUAGGCUUGGCCUAAACCUGCCAGCUGGAAGACGGAAAGCAGCCAAUGUCACGCUUCUCACUUCAUUGGUUGAAGGCGAGGCUUUGCACUUGGCUCGGGAUUUUGGCUACACGUGUGAAACGGAGUUUCCAGCUAAGGCAGUGGGAGAACAUCUCGCCAGACAACAUAUGGAACAGAAAGAACAGACAGCACGGAAAAAGAUGAUCCUAGCGACCAAACAAAUUUGUAAAGAAUUCCAAGACCUCCUGAGCCAAGACAGAUCCCCGCUGGGGUCCUCCAGACCCACCCCCAUUCUAGACCUGGACAUCCAGAGGCACUUAACGCAUUUCAGUUUGAUCACUCAUGGUUUCGGGACGCCAGCAAUAUGUGCAGCUCUGAGCACUUUCCAAACAGUCCUCAGUGAGAUGCUUAACUACUUGGAAAAACACACUACUCACAAAAAUGGUGGUGCUGCAGACUCUGGCCAAGGACAUGCCAACUCGGAGAAAGCCCCGCUGCGGAAAGCUUCAGAGGCUGCUGUGAAGGAGGGCAAAACAGAAAAGACAGACUAGAGACAUCAAACAGAGUCUAUUUCCAGAGAGUCUUGCUGCUCAUAUUUUUUUUCUAAAAUAUAUAUCAUUGAGGGUGACUAAUUUUCAGUGGACAAAAUCUUUACAAUCCCCAG